AUGUCGCCUGAACUGAUAACUGAAUCACAUUAUGAUGCUAAAUCUGAUAUUUGGUCCCUUGGAUGUUUGCUGUAUGAGCUUUGUGCUUUACAACCACCGUUUCAAGCAAAAUCACAACCUAGUUUGGCAAUAAAAAUCAGUGCUGGUAUGGUUCCGCCUCUACCAUCACGAUACUCAGAAGAACUUAAUAAUAUAAUUAGAACAAUGUUAAUGGUUGAUCCGAACAAAAGGCCUACAACUAUGGAAUUACUAAAGAUGAUGCAUCCUAGUAGGGAUAUAACACGCCGAGAAGAGGAGCUUAAACAACGAGAGAUAGCUUUAAACGGACGUGAAAUAAUG